AUUCCCUCAAAUGCCAGCAGGCACUGCGUAAACUAUCCUCGUUUACACAAGAGCAUUCAGAAGAGAUGGCAUCGAAUCCUCCUGGAUCAUGCUGCUACCAGGGCGUCAAGCACGAGGGAGAACCCGUUGGCAGUCUUUCUACUCUAAACAACUUUGAGAUCUAUACCAGCUACCCCGCAAAUAAGUCCACGGAGCAUGCUGUAUUGAUACUUACUGAUGUUAUUGGACAUCGUUUCUUAAAUGCGCAGCUCAUCGCCGACCAGUUCGCGGCGAACGGAUACUUCGUUUUAAUGCCAGAUCUUUUCGGUGGCGAUCCAGUCCCGCUAAACCGAUCAGGAGAUUUUGAUUUUCAAGCAUGGAAAGGCGCCCAUGGCCCUUCGACCGUGGAUCCUAUCGUAGAGGCUUGCGUGUCUGAGUUGCGGAACAAAUAUAAUUCGCAGACAAUCGGCGCAGUGGGAUAUUGCUUUGGGGCCAAAUAUGUUAUCCGUCACCUUCAUCCCGGCCAAGGCAAGGUUGAUGUCGGCUAUGUCGCCCACCCAUCAUUUGUUGAGGCAGAAGAGUUGAAAGCUAUCGAAGGCCCUCUAGCGAUCUCCGCCGCCGAGGUGGACCAGAUUUUCCCUGCUGAAAAACGACAUGAGUCCGAGGAUAUUUUGAAAACAUUGGGCACACCCUACCAAAUAAAUUUGUACAGCGGAGUUGAACAUGGCUUUGCCGUUAGGGGCGACCCGGAAAAGCGUGUAGUGCAAUAUGCCAAAGAAAGUGCUUUCCUACAAGCUGUACAGUGGUUCAAAGAGCAUUUGUAGAGUUAGCGUCGAUAGUCUCUGAAUAUAUACAGCCAUUUACUGUG